CAACACAACACUGUUUCAUCUGUGCUGUGUGCAUAAUGAGUAAUUACAUGUACCUAAAUCUUAAUUUGUUUUGCUUUAUUUCUGUAAAAAAUAUUUAUUUUAAAAUUAAUAGUUAGUAAUGAAUAAGAAAUAUAUAAUAAUAUUAUGAUCAUCGAAGUAUUCUGAGGAUUUGAAUGUUAUAAUAAUUGAUAAGCGAUGUUGAAUGGCUUGGGUCUUUUAUUUCUGACGGGGGUGCUAUGGGGAUGCACAAACCCUUUCAUUCGUCAGGGAACCAAAGGUCUUCGCUUGGUGCAGGCUAAGAGUAAGGUGGGCCAGCUGUAUGCUGAAGUGGUGUUCCUGCUAAGUAACUGGAAGUAUGUUCUACCAUGGCUGAUAAACCAAGCGGGUUCCUUGGUCUACUUAAUGGCUGUACAGCGAUUGCCCCUCUCAACAGCGGUUCCGGCGGCGAACAGCCUCGCUUUCGCCUUCACUGCUAUUACUGCCGCUGCUAUUGGGUCUGAAGAACCGCUUGAUUCUCGAGCCAUUCUCGGCGUGGCGCUGGUCGUCGGUGGGACAUUCCUCUGUUGUAUGGACAAUGAUUAGUUAAUUAAUUCUAUACCAUAUUGAGUUGAAGGUAUAAAACUGUUUCUGACAUUGGAAGCAACUAAAAUAUCCGAUGUAGAAGUUUUAUUUUAAGCAAUAUCUUAAUCAGGUGGCCCAUAGAAAAAAGGUGACUUAUUCUGUGAUGUUAUGUGAUAUAAGUAAUACA